AAAAAUGAGCAGGACUGAUAGGAAGGAGUGAGGUGUGUUUGAGGGAGAUAAUCAACUCCAUAAAAAUAGGAACAUGUAGUUCUCGGAGCGCUCUGGCUGUCUGGUAACAUUCUCUAAUGAUGCAAAAAAGCAGAACUGAAGGUGACAGAAAGACAGCUGGGUAAGAAUCUCUGACGUCUCUUUGACCAGUCCGAACGCAGCCACAGAGACAGAAGACCAAAGUAAAGAGCAGAAAGAUUAAAAAAAAGAAAAACAUAAGAGCUUAUUUAGAUGUCUUACCAAUAAUGUGUGGGAUAUCCUGACCCCUGAUUUGUAGAAAGUGUUUGUUUUAUCAGUGAAGAGGGAAGGCUGCUAGAAGAAAGGCAGGAAGAAGACCACCAAAAAUUGUACGGAGGAGAAAAAAGGGGAGGCUUUAGUCUGGUCCCAGGACAUUGGAGGGAAGAGGCGGAGGGGAGUCAGACAUUCAACACCCAAGCCAAGAACCACACCACUACAACUGGGAAGACAGCUAAGUGACCAUGAGGGAGGAAACCUUCAGCAGGACACCUUCUGUUCAGAACAGCUGAAGAUAGGAGCGAAACCUCCCAGACUGUCGGCGUUUCAACCUGGAUGCCAAAAGCUUCAACCGACAACUGUCCGGUGAGGUUUGCAAGUAACCCGCAUCUGAAGCCCUCAGGGACCGGGACAAUCCAACCAAGACAAAGAGCACGUGAUGAUUGCUCUGCAUUCGCUUCUUAACCAUUUACUGCUGGAAACAGAAUCUUUAAGAAGACUUUCUCCUGUUUUAGAAAGCUUUGUUGGCCAACGUGGAGGAUGUAUUGUUCAAGACAGUCUGGAUUGACUUUUACGUCAGAAUGAGACCAGAUUUGCAAGGAAAGCUAACAGUGUCAGACUAUUCAAACUGUGUGUACAUUCCUAUUGGCUUGCCUCUUAAAGUAAGACACUGUUUUUGGAGUUAUUGUAGUAGAAAACCCACAGCUGUUUUUGGUUAGAUUCUUAGGGGAGUUAAAUAAAUGUACAGUGAAGGAAAAAUUGCUGUAAAUACCUUUACCUAAAUUUGCAAGUAAAGACGGGGCCUAAAGAGACCAGUAAUUAGUAGUGUCAAAUUAUCUUUGGCAAUUUUUCUGGAUUUUUUUGCAAGAAAAAGGAUAAAUUAAAAUCAACCGCUGAAGAAAUUUAAAACUGCUCGACUGCGCUGGGACCAUGCUGAGGGGCCUGUUUCAGAGGAAACUAAAACAUGAGAGACUGGAGGAGGAACCUGAGGUCCGAUUUAAGGGGUCGCUGGUGUCCGAGAGAAAUUUGGGAUACAAGUACAUCAGACCCGGAGGCUCCGACUACUCUCCCCCUCCCCUUCCUCGGCCUCCUCCAGUUGGCUUGACGAACGAGCACAGAGGCGGCAGUAGCCAUGGCGACCACAGUGGCGGGGGCGGAGGGGUCAACCGUGGGGUGGGUGUGGUUGGCCUUGCACCGGAGCACAUUCCCACCCCGGGAGCAGCCCUGAGCUGGCAAGCGGCCAUUGACGCUGCGCGGCAGGCGAAGAUGAUGGGGAACGCUGCGUCAGGCGGCGGGGCGGGGCUUGGAUCGGGCGGGGGCGGCCCCAUUUCCACAGCCAGCUCCACGCAAAGGAAGAGACAGCACUACGCUUCUAAACCCAAGAAACAAACCACAACGACAGCCACAAGGCCGCCGCGGGCCCUGCUUUGUCUCACACUCAAGAACCCCAUCCGCCGCGCGUGCAUCAGCAUCGUGGAGUGGAAACCAUUUGAGAUCAUCAUCCUGAUGACCAUCUUUGCUAAUUGUGUGGCCUUAGCCGUCUACAUCCCCUUCCCUGAGGAUGACUCGAAUGCCACCAACUCCAACCUGGAGCGCGUGGAGUACCUGUUCCUUAUCAUUUUUACUGUGGAGGCGUUCCUCAAGGUAAUAGCUUACGGCCUGCUCUUCCACCCCAACGCCUACCUGAGGAACGGCUGGAAUCUGCUCGACUUCAUCAUUGUAGUAGUAGGGUUAUUCAGUGCGAUUUUGGAGCAGGCCACAAAGGGAGAUGGGGCCACUCCGAUUGGAGGGAAGGCGGCAGGAUUCGAUGUCAAGGCUCUGCGGGCAUUCAGAGUACUAAGACCGCUCAGACUGGUCUCUGGAGUACCCAGUUUACAAGUCGUGUUGAACUCCAUAAUCAAAGCCAUGGUUCCUCUGCUCCACAUCGCCCUCCUGGUCCUCUUCGUCAUCAUCAUCUAUGCCAUCAUCGGCCUGGAGCUCUUCAUGGGCAAGAUGCACAAGACCUGCAUUUACAGCCAUUCAGGUACAAAUGCAGAGGAAAAACCAGCACCAUGUGCACCUGAUGGCGCUUACGGUCGGCACUGCAUGCAGAACGGAACGAAGUGCCAAGUGGGUUGGGAAGGCCCAAAUGAUGGAAUCACCAACUUUGACAACUUUGCCUUUGCUAUGCUGACAGUGUUCCAGUGUAUAACCAUGGAAGGCUGGACGGACGUGUUGUACUGGAUGCAGGAUGCUAUGGGCUAUGAGCUGCCAUGGGUCUAUUUUGUCUCUCUUGUCAUCUUUGGCUCAUUUUUCGUUCUCAACCUCGUUCUGGGUGUGUUGAGCGGAGAGUUUUCCAAGGAGAGAGAGAAGGCCAAGGCACGUGGUGACUUCCAGAAACUACGAGAAAAACAGCAACUGGAGGAGGACCUUAAGGGCUAUUUAGACUGGAUAACUCAGGCUGAAGACAUCGACCCAGAGAAUGAAGAGGAGGGCUUGGACGAUGACAAACCCAGAAACCUGAGCAUGCCAGCCAGUGAAAACGAAUCAGUCAACACAGAUAACGCUCCCGGGGUAGACGUGGAGGGGGAGACCUGCUGCACCAGACUGGCAAUUAGGAUCUCCAAAUCCAAGUUCAGUCGCUACUCUAGGAGGUGGAACAGGUUGUGUAGGCGAAAGUGUCGAGCAGCAGUCAAGUCCCAGGUUUUCUAUUGGCUGGUCAUCUUCCUGGUUUUUCUCAACACCCUGACCAUCGCCUCUGAACAUCACAAGCAGCCUCAGUGGCUAACAGAUGUGCAAGAUAUAGCAAAUAAAGUGUUACUAGCACUCUUCACUGGUGAGAUGCUCCUAAAGAUGUACAGCCUUGGUCUACAGGCGUACUUCGUGUCGCUCUUCAACAGGUUCGACAGCUUCGUCGUGUGUGGAGGAAUACUAGAGACCAUUCUAGUUGAAACAAAGAUCAUGUCUCCUCUUGGCAUCUCAGUGUUGCGUUGCGUACGCCUGUUGAGAAUAUUUAAAAUAACAAGAUACUGGAACUCUCUCUCCAACCUCGUGGCCUCCCUACUCAACUCCGUUCGUUCCAUUGCCUCCCUGCUGCUCCUGCUCUUCCUCUUCAUUAUCAUCUUCUCCCUGCUGGGCAUGCAGCUCUUUGGGGGGAAAUUCAACUUUGACGACACCAGACGGAGCACCUUUGACAACUUUCCCCAGUCUCUGCUCACUGUGUUCCAGAUUCUAACAGGAGAAGACUGGAACUCUGUUAUGUAUGACGGCAUCAUGGCGUACGGAGGCCCGUCUUUUCCUGGCAUGCUGGUCUGCAUCUACUUUAUCAUCCUCUUCAUCUGCGGAAACUACAUCCUGCUGAAUGUCUUCUUGGCCAUCGCUGUUGACAAUCUAGCAGAUGCUGAGAGUCUGACAUCGGCUCAGAAAGAAGAGGAGGAGGCGAAGGAGAGGAAAAAACUGGCCAGGCUUGCCAGUCCAGAGAAGCGUCAGGAUAACGAGAAGCCACCGAUAGAGGAAAAGAAGUGCGAGAAGAUUGAGCUGAAGUCCAUCACUUCUGAUGGAGAAACCAACACUGCAACCAAGAUCAACAUGGAUGACUGCUGUGGAGAUGAAAAUGAAGAGAAGAACCCAUAUCCUGUGAAUGAUUACAUAGGAGAUGAGGAUGAGGAGGAGCCAGAGAUGCCAGUGGGCCCGAGGCCGCGGCCGCUCUCUGACAUUCAGCUGAAAGAGAAGGCCGUUCCCAUGCCCGAGGCCCGCGCCUUCUUCGUCUUCAGCCACACCAACAAAUUCAGGGUUCUGUGCCACAAGAUUGUCAACCACAACAUCUUCACCAAUCUCAUCCUAUUCUUCAUCCUGCUCAGCAGCAUCAGUCUGGCGGCAGAGGAUCCGGUCAAGAACGACUCUUUCAGAAAUCAGAUCUUGGGCUAUGCAGAUCACGUCUUCACUGGACUCUUCACCAUUGAGAUCAUUCUUAAGAUGACAGCCUAUGGAGCCUUCCUCCAUAAAGGUUCAUUCUGUAGAAAUUAUUUCAACAUUCUGGACUUAGUAGUGGUCAGCGUUUCUCUCAUCUCUUCUGGAAUACAAUGGAUAGAGUACUUCUUAUCUUCAGGUGGUUGGUCCAGUGCAAUUAAUGUUGUAAAGAUCCUGAGAGUUCUGCGAGUGCUGAGACCGCUGAGAGCCAUCAACAGAGCCAAAGGACUAAAGCAUGUUGUGCAGUGCGUUUUUGUGGCCAUCAGAACCAUCGGCAACAUCGUCAUCGUCACUACAUUGCUCCAGUUUAUGUUUGCCUGUAUUGGAGUGCAACUAUUCAAGGGCAAGUUCUUCUACUGUAGCGACAGCUCCAAACAGACUCAGGCAGAGUGCAGAGGUUCCUACAUCAUGUAUAAGGAUGGGGAUGUGGGGAAACCAGAAAAAGCCCUGAGAAUCUGGGAAAACAGCGACUUCAACUUUGAUGAUGUCCUGCAGGGAAUGAUGGCUUUGUUUGCAGUGUCUACGUUUGAGGGCUGGCCCGGGUUGCUGUACAAAGCCAUAGACUCUCACGCUGAAGAUGUCGGUCCAAUCUACAACUACCGCGUGGUCAUUUCUAUCUUCUUCAUCAUCUACAUCAUUAUCAUCGCCUUUUUCAUGAUGAACAUUUUCGUCGGUUUCGUCAUCGUCACAUUUCAGGAGCAAGGAGAGCAGGAGUAUAAGAACUGUGAGCUGGACAAGAACCAGCGUCAGUGUGUGGAAUACGCCCUGAAAGCUCGACCUCUGCGUCGCUACAUCCCCAAGAACCCUUAUCAGUACAAGGUGUGGUAUGUGGUCAACUCUACCUACUUCGAGUACCUGAUGUUCACUCUCAUCCUCCUCAACACCAUCUGUCUGGCCAUGCAGCACCAUGGACAGACCAAAAAUUUCAAUGAUGCAAUGAACAUCCUCAACAUGCUCUUCACAGGACUGUUCACAGUAGAGAUGAUCCUAAAAUUAAUCGCCUUCAAGCCCAGGGGGUACUUUAGUGAUCCCUGGAAUGUGUUUGAUUUCCUCAUCGUAAUUGGCAGCAUAAUAGACGUCAUUCUCAGUGAGAUCAACCAUUAUUUUGUUGAUGCAUGGAACACAUUUGAUGCCUUGAUAGUUGUGGGUAGCAUUGUUGACAUAGCGAUCACUGAGGUUAACCCAGCUGACUCGUCCUCGUCCUCCUCCUCCUCUUCGUCCUCCUCCUCUUCCUCUUCUUCCUCCUCUCACCCCCAUGUGGUAAGGCCAAUGGGACUUCAGAAUUCUGAAGAGAACGCCAGGAUCUCCAUCACCUUCUUCCGGCUGUUCCGCGUGAUGAGGCUGGUGAAGCUGCUAUCUCGCGGGGAAGGGAUUCGGACCCUGCUGUGGACCUUCAUCAAAUCUUUCCAAGCUCUUCCUUAUGUAGCUCUGCUAAUAGUGAUGCUCUUCUUCAUAUACGCCGUCAUCGGUAUGCAGAUGUUUGGUAAGAUAGCGCUGCGGGACAACACGCAAAUCAACAGGAACAACAAUUUCCAGACGUUCCCUCAGGCAGUGCUGCUGCUCUUCAGAUGUGCAACCGGUGAGGCGUGGCAAGAGAUCAUGCUGGCGUGUUCGCCCAAACACCCAUGCGAGAAAGGGUCAACCAAUGAAAACAGCACAAUCCAUGACGAUUGUGGCAGCCAGUUUGCCAUUAUUUACUUUGUCAGCUUCUACAUGCUGUGUGCCUUUCUGAUCAUCAACCUUUUUGUGGCUGUAAUAAUGGACAACUUUGACUAUCUGACACGUGACUGGUCAAUUUUGGGGCCUCAUCAUCUUGAUGAGUUUAAGAGAAUCUGGGCCGAAUACGACCCAGAAGCCAAGGGGAGGAUAAAACACCUUGACGUGGUCACCUUGCUCCGGAGAAUUCAGCCUCCCCUCGGUUUUGGAAAGCUCUGUCCACACCGGGUGGCGUGCAAGCGCCUGGUAUCGAUGAAUAUGCCUCUGAACAGCGAUGGGACGGUUAUGUUCAAUGCCACACUGUUUGCUUUGGUCAGAACUGCACUCAGGAUCAAGACAGAAGGUAAUCUGGAGCAGGCUAACGAGGAGCUAAGAGCAAUUGUGAAAAAGAUCUGGAAGAGAACCAGCAUGAAGCUGUUGGAUCAAGUAGUGCCCCCUGCUGGCGAUGAUGAAGUAACAGUUGGAAAGUUCUACGCCACGUUCCUCAUCCAAGAAUAUUUCCGCAAGUUUAAGAAGAGAAAAGAACAAGGCCUGGUGGCCAAGGUGCCUCCCAAAACUGCCCUUUCUCUGCAGGCGGGCCUGCGGACGCUUCAUGACAUCGGACCAGAAAUCAGAAGGGCCAUCUCUGGAGACUUGAACGUGGAGGAGGAGAUAGAUAAAGGCAUAAAGGAAUCCAUGUCAGCUGCAUCUGAGGACGAUAUCUUCAGGGUAAAGCGAACUGGUGGCUUGUUUGGCAACCACGUCAACUACUACAACCAGACUGACGGCCGUGGGUCCUUUCCGCAGUCCUUCACCACUCAACGUCCCUUGCACAUAAGUCAGAAAGGUUCUCCGUGCGAAGGGGAAAGUCCAUCAAAUGAGAAGCUGAUGGACUCGACCACGUUCACCCCUUCAUCAUACUCCUCAUCAGGUUCAAACGCCAACAUCAACAACGCCAAUAACACUGGAAUGACUGGAGUAACGACCCAGGGCAUCAGUCGAUUCCCAAGUCCGUCCAUAAGCACGGUGGAUGGGCACACAGGCCAGCCCCUCACACCAAUCCUACUACCUAGAUCAGCAUGGUGUUUCCCUCCAAAAAGGAUGUUUUAUGACACCCUCAUGCGCUCGGACUCGAGUGACAGUCGUCUGCCAAUCAUCCAGAGAGGGGAGGGGUCAACAGAAGAGACGUACGAUGAGAGUUAUGGUGACAACAGGGAGUACGAGGACGAUGAGCACUCACUUUCUUCUGACAUGUUGGUGUGUCAUGAUGAAACAUGUAAACAGCUCACUCCUAUGGAGGAAGCAGAAGAAGUAGGGGAGCAAAAAGGAGGAGGAAGGUGGCAGUCUCCACAAAGAGUCUUCCUCUGUCCAACUACCCUGGCACGGAGAUCUUCCUUCCAUCUGGAGUGUCUCCGGAGGCAGACAAGGCCAGAUGUCUCGCAGAAGACUGCUGUACCUUUACAUCUUGUACAUCACCAGGCUCUUGCAGUGGCAGGUUUGAGUCCCCUUUUGAGAAGGAGUCACUCACCUACCCUCUUCAGCCGACUGUGUUCCACGCCUGCAGCUAACCCCACAGACCAAUGCAGUGAUGCCUCCUACCAGCGAGUUCCUUCUCUAAGACUAGAGGGCUCCAACUCUCAUGAAAAGCUCAAUACCAGCCUGCCUUCUGUAAAUUGUGGGCCCUGGUACAACGACAGUAAUGGGAAUAGCCCAGUGGACAGUCCUAGCCCUACGCCAGUGUCCAGUCAAAGGGCACCGCGGCCAGUGUCACUCACUGUACCAUCGCUUUUGGGGAAGGACCCCAGCUCGCUGUCUCAUGGCAGUGCAGGCAGUCUAGUGGAAGCGGUUCUUAUAUCAGAAGGUUUGGGUCAUUUUGCCCAGGACCCUUCUUUCAUUGAGGCAACCAAAGCCGAGUUAGCUGAUGCCUGCGACAUGACCAUUGAGGAGAUGGAGCACGCAGCCAGCAACAUUCUCAACGGCAACACCGCCACAGACCCCACAUCAAGCAUCUCUUCCACCUCUCAGCUCAGCCCGAACGGGAGCCUCCCCUGCCACAAUGCAGCAGCAGCAGCAACGCACAGGGACCGAGUCGCCAGCCUGAGUCCCAGCGAUGCGGGGGCAGAGGCUGGAGGGGGCCGGGGCUACAUCCACGGUCCAUCCUCUAUAGAGGAGCGACAGGAACUGCUAGCUAGAGGGGGAGGGCGAGAAGAGGAGGAGGAAGAGGCAAAUGUGAGGGAAGAGAGGCCCCACAGAAGUUCAGCUGUAGUCGCAGGAGCACGGCAGAAGAACAGCAGGCUUUUGGAGGAUGAGGAUUUGGAGUGUGUGACGAGCUUGUAGGUGCCGCCUCGGCAGCUUAGAUCAGCAAACUGGCCCAUAACAGGCUGAGGUUUGUCAGUGCUGGUGAACAGUGCGGCGGCUGGUUGGUUCACUCUGUCACUCUGGACAAUGGCGGCCAGCGAUGCACCUUUAACACAAGACUUUGUCGGGUUUAAUUGAGUUAGUAUGUGUGUCUGCAGUAAAGUAUAUCAGACUAUAUACUAUCUGAGUGUGUGCUUCUGUGUGUCUGUGUGUGUGUUUUUCUCUAUUUGUACUCGUAUGUGUGUGUUCACCACACGUGUCAGAGUGUGGCUCUAAAGUGCCUCACAGUUUUAUCAUGUCCUCAACCUGGGAUGAGCAGGAAAAUGGAGACAAGCAAAAAAAAAAGACAAAGGACAGACUGAAUGGAAGAAAGAUCAAACAAAGAAGCAGGAAGUCCUUUUAUGGACUGUAUGUUAAUGUUUUCAUUUCCUAUGCCUAAUUUAGUGGUGUGUUAUUGUUGUCUGACUGGCCGCCAUGACGCCAGGUAGAGGACAAGAGACCAGCUCAUGGAGGGUCACUUGAAGAAUACCAUCUGACCACAGCCCCACCUGUGGUCAAAGGUCAACUAGUUCUUCGUUUAACGAUGAUGAAGCGCUGUAUUGUGUAAACGGGGACAAGAAUGCCCCAUUUAAAUCCGGUAUCUCCUCCUCUUCCAAAGCUACAGGAACCUGGAGCACAGUCCUGCCAGCCCGAGAGUGGAUUUAGGGGACACGCUGCUCCCAGCCAGGUGUGGGAGGGAGGAUUGGAGGAAUGAUUUAGCAGCCACAACAGGGCUGUAACAGGAAGGGGGGAAACUUCCUGGCCAACAGGGAGAUAGCUGGCUCUUUUUUUCUCAGCUGGUUUUCUCAACUGGACUCCAGCAUGAGACCAACUCACUUCGACGUGGCUCCACCACAUCCACCCUUUCCUUGUUUGGCUCCACCAAACAGGAAACUAGAGGAGCAACUGGUGGAUUAGCAGAGGCAGAAAGCUCCCCUCUCCCCCCUUCUCUGCCUCAUACCUCACUGUUCCUCACUCCUUUCUCUAUCCUAUCCUUCCUCCCUCUCCUUUGCUAUCUUACAACCACUCACCCCUUAUAGUUGGAUUUGUGUGCUUUUUUCAGCACUUGAGGAGGCGAAUAUUUGUCAUGCAGUGCUACCCAGAUGGUAAAGUGGAGGGAAGAAUGGGAGUGACCAAUUGAAAGGAAGAAAUAAAAAGAACACUCUGGUCAAGGGGUGGGGGUGUUCUGCAGCAGAAAUGCCGUCAAUCAACUUCAUUUCCUUCUCUGGGGCACCUCCUCUUCCUGUCAGCUUGGAAUCCUGUCGGAUUUGCUGCCACACACUCUUUCUACAGACCGUGCCCACUAUGUAUUUAACAGUUCAAUAUUGUGCAAAACUGGCUAGCCAUGACAAUAUUUUGUUUUAUAUUCAUGACGUUAUUGUUUUAAUUUAUCUUUGAUUUGUUUGCACAAUCGGGGUGCUGGUCUUAUAAAUGUAUUUUUGCUCGGUUUAUUUUUAGGAAAAAUUUUUAGAGGUUUUAAGUAUCGAAGCAGGGCGUAGUGUGUGCGGGCGAGUGUACCUAUAAAUGUGUGUGCAUAUGCGUGUCUGCAUUUUAGUACAACUUAUGAGUGUGUGAGAUGGAGUGUGUGUGUGGGAGGGUCUUUCUCUCUAUCUGUAUGCACCUUUUACAGAUUCUAUUUAUUUAUUUAUUUUUUUCCAGAAGAGAAAAUCUGUGGGAAUGUGUGUGUGUGUGUGUGGUUUCUUGUGUACUAUAAAAAGCUGAUUUUAAGCCUAUACAGUAAAUUAAGGUAGCAUUACAAGUAUGUUAUGUGUGUGAGGGUGUGUCUGUGUAGAAAUGGGCCUCCUUAACACAGGGUUAACGUGGACAGGCAUACUUCCAAAGCUUUGUGGUUACUUUAGCACGGUUUUUAUUUUUCUUAGCCAAGUGGCAGAGAGAAAAGUGUCAUUUUGAGCUCUAGUCAUUGCAUAGCUUUUCUUUACUGCCCCAUUUGGAUACAGGUUGGGGUGAGGCAGAUAAAACUGCUGAUCAGGAAGUAUAUAGUAUUUGACCAGAGGUUAGGAAGCCUUUCACAUAGGGAUGUUUUAAUUAGAAGUAUUUGCCUCCAGUAAACAAUUCAAACAAUACAAGAAUAUUGUCAAAUGAUUUAGCCAAUACAGAAUGAAAGUUCAUAAGUUCAUCAAGAUUGAUACCAUGUAUAUGCCUGAAAACUAAUAUAAAUAUUUUCAAAUUGGCACUUUAUUAUAAUCGUCAUGAAUAAAUCAUUAAUUAACUAUGAUAAAUCGCCUUUUUCAGUGCUAUUUUCCCAGCACAAUUACAUUUAAAAAUCACUUAAGUGGAACCUGUCUGAUGACACAAAGUAGGCUAAAGUCCAAGUCUAAAAAAAAAAAAAAAAAAAAAUCAAGAACAGAAGAGAAAAAGUCAGUGACAUCUCAAUACAGCCUAAAGAGGGUUACAGUAAUUUCCCGACUCCAGCAAACCACUGGGGGCCACAGAGUCCACAAAUACAGAAAACAGAGGACAGUGAUAGUGAUAAAUCUUCCCAGGAGUGGCAAAAGAAAUUAUCAUUUGAAAACUGCAUUUUGUAUUCACUCAGGUAAUCUUUUUUACUGAUAUUAAAAAGUCUUUGGUUGUCUGAAAUAUUUAGGUUUGGCAAAUAGCCAAAAGCAGAAUAAAUCUCAAAGAAAACAAAUACUUGUCAAAACCCUGUCUUGUAUCAAUAUAAAACGGGAGAAAUCCAUUAUCAAUUAUUAAUUCACCUAUGAUUCAAUAUUUUCGGGGACGUGUGGCAACUUUAUACGCCUUACCAAUAACACUCUGGACAUAACGUUAGAUAUUUCCUCACUAAAGGAGUUUCUGCAGGAUCAUCCAAUGUUUAACAAAUAUCUGACUUGGCAAAUAUUGAUAGCCUUCAACAAGCUCACAUGUUGCUAACGCUUAUGUUUUCAUGCAGAGUAGUUUGCUGUAGUGCUAAGCAAAUGCUAGCAGGUUUACUCUCUGUUUUGUUAAAAGUUGUUUAUAAUAUGGCUCAUAGAAUAUUCCAGUAUGGUUCCAGCUCAUCGUCUUUGAACGUAACUUGCAUAAGAAGUUGUUCCACUGCGUAGGACACCUAAAAUCAACCACUAUUUUUGGUCUCAGGAGUUGAGUUCAGUGUUCAGACUUGGGACAUCCCUUAUUACUACAGUGGCAAUUGUCCUUAUUCAUAACAACAGAAAAGUUUAAAUUUUUACUGCCACAGUAACACGUCCAUGAAUAAUUAGGGCUGUUGUCCAGUUGCUGCAAGACUUUUAAUAAAACCUCUUUGAGACUCCUAUCACAAAAAUAUUUUAUUCCCAACACACAAUCGAGAAACAUGGAUUUUCAGAGUGAUUUCAUUCACUGGUUAGAUUGGUUGCUGGAUAAAUUGUAAUACAAGCUAGACUCAUUUGUCAUGUAUGAUUGUGCAUCUGGAAAAAUUAUUUGGUCGCCUUGAAGGGAGAAUGGCUGUAAGAUUUUUUUGUCUCCAACUAAAUAGCAGGUUAAUUUUUUUUUUUAGAAUAAAUUUACAUUUAUUACUUAAUUAUAAAGUGGACCUACUUGAGACAAGGUCAUAGCAUGUUUUGAUCCGAGAUGCAGCUUUUUGAGGAACUUUGGAGGAUUUUUUUUAAAACAAACAAUUUAGACAAGCAUCUUAAUGCAAAGAAAAUUAAGUAAAAUUGCUAAAAUUUAACUCUGAUGUAAAUACAUCAAAAUAUUUGAUUGAAACAGCUAAAGCUGAACCAAAGUGGUAUAUAUUUUUAAGCCAUUACUGACAACAGUAAUUUUAACUAAAUUCCAACAGGUUGGAAAAGCUUUUGUCAUCCGAUGUCCCAUUUUUAUAAAUAAAACUGAAAUAAAUAACAGCUCACACAGAAACACCAUCAUACAUCGCAUAGGCCCAAAAUGGGUUGGUUUUUUUUGGAGUCCCAUCACUGUCGUGCUCUACAUGUGAAACAGAGCAGGUUUGUGGCAGUGGAGAGUAUGCAUAAACACACUGCCAUACACUGCAUCCUGUGCCAGUAACAGACUUCUGUCAUUAUUAUGCAAUCUAAAUGUGAAUGUUGAGUGGGUUUAUAGCUGCAGUGCUGUUACCGUCUUGUGUUUUUGAUCAUACCCUGAAGUCUGGGUCCUCACCUUACCCUUCCCAAACUUCCAUAGGAGCCUGCGGCUUCAUUAAGAUUACCUUAGCAUUUCUUACAGUUAAUCUGAACCCAUCUGGAAACCCAAACCGGAAAGUCAAUUUCUUGGCCAUUUGCUCAUUUAUGUUGUAAGCUGUUUCACCCGAAUGUCUAAGGUGGAGAGAUAUGGUUUGUUUGAACCCUGAGCAGCAUUUAAAUUCAGAUCAAAUAAGCACUGUCUAUCAUUGCUUGGUUUCUGUUUUUUUGUUGUUUAAAUAGUUUGGAAGACGCUACUCUUAAAUAUUUAUACUCAUCUACUGACAGAUAUGGGGACUGUCUCAAUGACAGAUGUUAUAUAUACUGUAAUUUAUUUAAGGUGAAACAUGUUCACUUCUUUUAUCCUGACAUAUGCACAAAGCAGUAUGCGCAUAUCAGAAGUGCCCCACCAGACUUGCUUUGUGUCUUUCUUUUGCCAGUAUGAGAGAUUCAGAGCCUUGUGGUGUCCCCGUGUGAAGUCAGCAGCAUUGCCGUUAGCAUGACCGUUGAGGUGUUGCCGUAAUGAUAUAAGCAGGUGGGAACCUGCAAUCCACAAGAUAUGCAAAAACAAUGCAAUAACAAUGACUGUGUACAAAGAUCCUGAAGUAAACGUGUGUGUGAAAGUCUACAAAAAAAAAAAAUCAAAAAUUUGCUUCAAGAUGUGUCAUUUUCUCAUUAACUCAGUGGUUUCCACUUUACAAAAGACCUAAAAUACUUGAAAUCAGGUACAUUACAGUGCAGUAUAGUUAAGUUGUAUUUAUCUGUCUUUUGUCGCACUAGAGUCUUGGUUGAAUCUGACCAGCAACAAGUGUUUUUCUUGCUGCUGAAUAACAAUCUAGUUACAGCCGAGUCACAGUGAAAAAAAUAUUCUUUGUUUUUUUCGAUAAGCAGAAAAACGCAGCUCGCUUCAUGUUCCUGUCUCGACCCCUUUCUGGAUUUGUCUGUUUUGCUUUUUAGGUGCAUUUCUGAAUGAGUUAAGCUCUUUUCUUCAGAUUCAUCGGCAUCGAAUGAAGUCUGCAUGUUGAUUAGUCGUUUCAUACUCAUUACGUAUCAUAUCACCUUGACAAACAGUAGCGUUUUCUACCUAUAGUGCACAUUACAACAUUGGACUUGUGGCAGAGAGAUGACUGGAAGAUGAUUUUGCAUAUCUUGUGUCUUAUGUGGCUUGUUUUAUACUUUCUGAUACCCUGAGAUACCGAGAGAUACUAAAACAUUAGUACGCAGAAUACAUUAGCUCCCAAGCCUAAACAGGCUUUUCUAACACGAGUUUUAUUUUGCUUUUCUUUAAUAAUUUGCUCCACAAACCUGUAGAAGAUGAACCAGUGGCAACUGUUUCUAUUAAAAGGACCAAAAAGUUAAUAUUUUCUUCAUAAAUGUAUUUUCUUACCAGGCCAACGGUGAUUAUGUUAAGUGGCGAAUAUGACAAAUUUCCAUGAUUACUACACAUAUGAAUCAAAAGCAUUGCAAUUUGUUUUUGUUUUUUGUGCUGGUUCCAUCCACCAAAUGAAAACUAUGGAUCCAUUACAUUGCUAAAACCGUUCCUACUCCUGCGUUUCAUGAAUCCCUGUUGUCUUUAUGUACAUUUGGAGUAGCAGUCUGUCAGUGUAAUUUACUCAGUCCAUGCUUUGAUGAAAAUUACUCCCUCUGCAGGUCAAAGUGAAAUAAUAUACAGAAGUGAAAGCAAAAAUUGAUAAAUGCUUGUUUUUCCCCCUAUCCCACUUUUGGCAGAAUGAUGACAAUCUGGCAGUUGAUGACAAUGGAAAGGCUAUUUUGGAAAGUAUUUGAGGGAAUGAUAUUUUGAACUUUUUGGGUGGCUUAAGUUCUUACAUGGUGGAUUAUAUAUAAAAAUAACAUUCACAUGCAUGAGGCUCUCUCUCUUUAGAGGUACAAAUUAUUGGUCUUAUAUAGCGGAUUAUAUCUUUUGUCUCACCACUAGCUAAAGAUUGUAUAUUUUUAUAUACUAUAUAUAUAGCAAAAAUGUAUACAAAUAUAAAUAUUUAAUCACAAGAAUGUCAAAAUAAGGAGCAGGAAGGGGACCUAUAUGAGAAUGUAUUUGGAUUGGAUGUCUUAUGUGGGCCUAAUAAUAGGUGGCACUCCCAAUACGUUGACUGUGUUUUUAGCCAAAAGUAAAACCUGAAAUAAUAUGGUCUUCUGAAGAAAAAUAUAACAUCAUUCAUUGUUGCACAUGAAAUGCUUGCAAAGAGAAACAAAAUUGUUUGCAACAUUUCUGGAAAUUUUUUAAAUAUUGCUUAUUGGAAGGUUUUCAUGGGAAUUGACGCUAAUAAAAAGGAAAUUAUGGACAUUAGUAAAAAUAUUUUCCAUAGUAGACAUACAUAAAACAUGUUAGUUAAACAAUAACACUCGACCUUAAAUUUAUUCAAAAAUUCCACCAAAAUUUUAAGUAGUACAGUGAUCCCUCGUUUUUCGCGGGGGUUACGUUCCUAAAAGAACCUGCGAUAAGCGAAAUCCGCGAAGUAGGAACUUUUAUUUUUUUUAACAAUUAUUAUAUGAUGACAUACUCCAUAAUACAUUUAAAUCAAAGAACAAAAAUUUUUUUACAAGGCCAAGCAUUUUUAACAAAUAAAAGUACUGUGCAAAUGUUUUUGGUUUUUUUACAAAUAACUACUAUACUGAAAAAUAAUAAUUUUAAUCAUCAAUACGAAGUGAAGGCUUCAAAUUGCAUCGCCCCACCGCAACCCGAGUCAUUGGAUUAGAACGGGAAAAAUAUGAUUAUGAAAAAUAAUACAAAGUGCAGUUGGACAAAUAGUGAUUCACCUGUAUUUCACCUCUCAUCCUGACUCCGCUCUGUCGCGUUUUUGUCUUCUAAAGCCCGCGGUGCAGGUGUGUUUGUUUGGGAGAAGAACAGUUAUCAGUAGCUGUUGUCGCUCUUUUUUCUUCUGGGCAAAAGGGUUCUUAUAAACCGACAUGCCACCAUCGAUUAUGUUAAAUUUGGCAAGCUGUUUUUACGUACGUGUACAUAUUAAACCACAACAUUAUUGACACACACAGGUGGAGAAGCAGCGGAGAGACUGUUUAGCCAAUCAGAAUGCUGAACACAAUGCAAAUCCGCGAAGCAGCAAGACCGCGAAAGGUGAACCGCAAUAUAGCGAGGGUUCACUGUACAAGGAAUCAAAUGUAUGUCUUUAAUCUUUAAUCUUCUGGUGCUCUUUGGUCAAACAUGUGACCUUAAUUCAGUUCAAAUCAAUUAUCCAUAAUGGUCCAGGGUUUUCCAAACAAAUUUUCUUGUUAAAAGGCAGUGUUGUUUUCUAAACUUUACGUUCACUCCUACAAAUUCUUGUUAAUUUCCAUGGAGAGUUUCCAACUUUGAAAAUUCCUGAAAUUUUGCAACUACUUUUGUGUAAUUUAUACACAAAGUAAUCUGAGGAUGUUGGUAACCAUUUGAAUCAUUCUGCUGCAUUUCGGAUUUUUCAGUCCUACAAGUACAGCGAAUUGUUGGUUUAGAAAAAGACUAAGUGAAAACAGUGGAUAUCUGAUCACCAUUAGCGUUACAACUUCGGUUAAAAAAAAAAAAGAAAAAAAAAAAAAGGAGGCCCUUUGUUUAAAUGUUAAACAUCACGGUAUUCAUGGACCUGAAAUCUAACAUGUUUUGCUUGCAUUUGUCUUCGACACGUCAACCUACCAGCAACCCGUCAACACAGGUCAAGGUCUGCUCAUAAACCCCAACUGUAGCACUGAGAGACGCGUCGCUCUGGAAUUAGUCCUACAUCAGCAAAACACGCAUUAUCCUAGCAACAAGCCAAAAAAUAAAUAAAUAAUCAACCUCUUAAGGACUAGAUUUCCAUAUAUUGUGAAUAACCAUAAUUGUGUAGCUUCUAUGCUUAUCUUCCUAGAUGAAUUUGGAGGACUUGAACUACGUCUGUAUAGAUUUUUAUCUGCAUUUUUUGCAGGCUAGAACGCAACAUACAAUUUGGUUAACGUCUGGCUAGUUGAUUUUAGCUUCACGCCGAUAUGAUGCUACUGCUGCUUUUCACACUACAGGUUCCAGACGUAGAAUCAGAAUAAAUGGUCUUAUGUUAAAGAUUUUAAAAGAAUAUUUCAUGUUUUUAAAGAACAUAUUGGGUUGAUCCUAAGAAUGAAGUUUGAGCAGAUUUUCUUUUGGCUAAGGUGAUCUAAAUUAGUUAUGCUUCUGUGACAGAAAUAUGUGAUGAGGGUUUGAAUGAUGAUAGAGGGAAGCUGCUGUAUAUUAUUUUAAACCACAUACAAUCUUAAAGUAUUAAGAGUUUUCCAUUUUUGCAAGCAUGAGGCCGGGAGAGAAUUUUCCUCACAUUUCCUUAAUGUGGAUCUACCAUUGUUGCAACUGAAGUGCUUUAUAUUUUUCUUGUAAAUCAAAGUCUUAGUUGUUCAUGGUAAAAUCAUGACAAAAUAUUUUAAGAUUGCUAUUUUGAAUAGAAAUUUUAUUAUCUUUUCUAGGUAAAGUUAGCAUAGUCUGUUGAUGGAAAAAAAAUCUAAUUAAAAACGCUGAUUCUUCUGUUUUUGGAGGCCAAAAAGAAACAUCUCUGUGUUUGCUAUACAGAUAUUAUUUUGAUUACAUUGAUAAAGCAGACAGAAAAAGGGCAGAAAGUACAAUAUGGGAUAUAUUAAUAUAUAUACAUAUAUAUAUGAGCGAUUUUAAUGAAACUGAUGUAUUUUAGAUAUUAAAAUUAUAGAAAGAUAUCAAAAUUACAAAAUGUAAAAUGACAUCCUGAUGCAGGAUGUUUGAUUCUGUUGUAUGAUUUUGAUGUUUAAAUAAUAAUAAUAAUAAUAAAAACAUCAGGUUUUCAGUUCCCAUGUUGUGAGAGUUUUGGAAUUGUGCAGACGCAGGCUUUUUUCUAUUUUUGACCAAGAGGGCAGCAGUGUUCCUGGUUUUAUUAUAAACAAGAUGCUUCUAUUAAAUUGACACUAAUAAGUUUACUUUUUGCAAAGAUAUCUUGUUAUUGUUGUUGCUUGUGCGAAAAAAAAAAAAAUGGAAUCUUAAUUUUGUGUUUAUUGAUAAAAUAGAAGUAUAGCUGAGAGCAGUGCGAGAUUCUGCAGAAACUGUAUUGGGAUGAUGUAUGGAAGGUAUGCAAGACUAACACUUACAAACAAUUAAUUUGCAAUCUGUAAAAUAUGCUUUGGUUUAUUGUUUUUGGUUUUUUGUCUGUUUUGCCAGUGUGGUACUUCUUUACUGAGCAUAUCAAAGGUUGGUGGUGAUGAGCUGCCUGCAUCCUUUUUUUCUGGAGGCAACAGAAGCGAUUUGCUUGUACUGUAGGAUUUAAUCAGCAUGCAGAAUAACUAUGUAUAAAUCACUCAUUGUGUAGCAGCACAUACAUCAGCACCUUUAUGUCAACAGGAUGACUGUUUUAAUAGGUCGUUGAAAAGCCUUGUGCUUCUUCCUUUGAUUUGUUUGUAUUUUUUUAUAGUUAUGCAAACAGAGUAAACCCCAAAAUCUUGGAAUCUCCACUAAUGUGGCACAAAUAUUGCUUUUUUUUUUUUUUUUUUAAGAAAAAAAGGAAUUACAGCCAAACCCUCUUUCAUUUAUUACUGAAUAAAAUACAAUGUCUGUGUAAUGCAAAUCGGUGUAUUAGAACCCUGAGGCAUAUAGGAGCAGCUUUGCAAAGCAGCAGCAGUUCUCAUCCUCAUUAGAGUUGAAUGUUUCUGCUUUCAUUUUGUCUCUUACUGCUGAUUUUACACACAAGAGCUACUUUAUGUUGCACUAAAAAUAAUUUUGAAAAUCCACACAAGGAUCCCUUGAAUGUAGGAGACAGUGAUGAUCUUACUGGAAAUGUUUAGGGUGAGACAAUGGAGUGAAAGGACAGUAUUUCAUAGCCAAUUGUCUUAGCCACCCACAUGUCACUUAGGUCUCUGCAGGUUUCUCUUUUUAGAGCACAAAGAGUUAGGUGCAUAUAGGCCUUGUGUCUGUGUGAUGCAGCUUCUAUCAGUGUUUUCAUCUAGUCAUCGAUAGCGGCAGGAGAUCCACAGCUCCAUAUAAGGUAAAGGUUAAGGAAAGCUCUUUUUCAUUCCUUCAUCAUCCAAGUGAAUGCCUGAGGUGUGUGGGUCUGCUCUCCUGUCAUCAGCAGUGUCUUAUGGUCCUAUUUGUGUCUUCAGUUGCUACUCAUGCAAAGUGUUAAAGGGCCAUUACUGAUAGGACUGAGCAGUUUGUUUUUAUUCAUCUGAAAGAUGUUUCUCAUCACUCAAUUUUCCUUCGGAAGCAGGUGAUCACACCAAGACCAAUUUGUUGUAAUGUUACUAAAGGCACUACUGUUAAAUGUGACAUUAACAGCACUAUUUAUGGUCUAAAUAAUGAAUUAGAGUAUGUUAUUGUGCUUGGUAGCUUUGGAGGCAGGUGGCCAUUUUUGUAGUUCUUAAACAUAAGCCACUCCCCCUCCACAGCAGGUGGGAUUUCACUGAUACCAAUUUUGCAAAGUGACAGGCCCAACAUAUUUUAGUUUCCUUACAUUGUCAUUUGGUCUCUUAGCGAUGACUGCAUGGUGUCUUAGUUUACACACCCUUAUUUUCUUCUUCUCUUUCUUUUUUUCUAAAGAUAAAAUUCUUUUUUUUUAUUCUGUCAAUUUAAUUUAGGUAUUAGAAAGGGAAAGAAUACAAAUUAAAUAAAUCAGAAUAUUAAUUCAAUCACUUUUUCUACUCCUAUUUUCCAUAAAAAUUAAAGUACAAAAAAAUACACAAAAAAAAGUUGAUUUGUAAAUACGUUAUGUACAGUUUGUAUCUGUAACUUGUCAGUCUGUCAUUGGUGACAGAGUCUGUCUUGCUUAUAACGCACGCUACCAGUAAAUAAAAAAGGAAAAAGUAUAUUUAGACUGUAUGGUCCCUUGAAGCAAGUUUUAAAUUAAUAUCUGAUGUAUAUUCCUGUAACAUUGCAUUUUUAUCUGAGGAAUGAUGUUAUUAAAAAAUUGCAAAUAAAUUGCAUUUCCUACA